AAGUAUGCUUAUGACAUGCAGCUUUUUUUUUUUUUUUAGAAUAGAAAAUACAACGCUAUGUGAAUGAGACCAGAUGGUGGCCGCGGGAAGGACGGAAGCGAGGUGUGAUGGACACUGCCUCCACCACUAUCAUCACCACUGCCCCCAUCAUCACCACCACUAGGCUAUUAAGGGUCUAAAGGUCUGCUGCUAUUUAUUAUCCUUCUUACCCUGUGUAAUCCUCUGUUAAAAAAAACAACAACAUGAGAAAGAAGAAGGAUAGACAUGACCGAUAAUGGAGAUGAUGUCACGCCAGCGCCAGGAACAUUGCUUCUCCUGUUACUAAUGUAGAAAUCUUGUUAGUGUGUUACUAGAAUCGUAAAACACACUUAAAGAAACAGUUUCACUUCGAUUAGAGCCUUCUGAAAGAACUGGAGGUGCGGCGCUGAAGUGUUUUUAAGAAUACGGGCCUCAAACUUAGGCCUUUUCUGUUUGAACCGAGCAUGCUGACCACUACACUACUCGGUGUGUGUGUGUGUGUGUGUGUGUGUGUGUGUAACCAUCCCAGUGACCUGUUACACAUAAACCAAUAUAAAACACAUGACUUUCACGGUUACAGUGUCAUUAUCACCACUACCACCACCGUCACCACCGCUUCGCGAGUCACCUAAUGCGUCUCAGGAAUCUCAACACCUCGUUCUGAAUAUCACCGAGAGAACCCGAGGGCCACUUCCUGCAGGGCCAAGGAGCUUCCUGCAGAGUAUAAGGGCGCCCGCCACUCCUGCCCCGCCACACUCCCCGCCACGCCACGCCGCCAUGCACGCUCAGAUCGCCCUGCUGGUCACCCUGGUGGCUGCCGCCCUGGCCCGUCCUGAACGUUCCUACGACGGCCCCGCCUCCCCAUCCCCCUUGUUUGGUGCCCGGGCACGCGCUGCCACUGCCUCCCUCUCUAGCAGCGCUCCCCUCAGCCCCUCCUCCUCCAACACUGCUUCCUCUCGCGGGUUCAGGCCAUCCCGCCCCUCCUCAUCCUCCUCCUCCCAGAACGCCGGCUACUCCUACAAUUCUCCCUCAGAUGCUGGCUACUCUUACAGUGAGCCCCGCCAGACCCCUGCACAGUAUGACACCCAGUACGUCGUCAGCGACGCCGAGUUCGGCACCAACUUCGGGCAGCAGGAGCGCCGCGACGGGGACGACGUGAGCGGGACCUACUACGUGCAGCUUCCCGACGGCCGCCUGCAGGUGGUCACCUACACCGUCAGCGCCGAGACCGGCUACGUGGCCGAGGUCACCUACGAGGGGCAAACCACCACGGCGGCCCCGACCUACGCCGCCCCCGCCUCCACCUACGGCCAGCCCUCCUCGGGUUACGGCGUCCCAUCCUCAGACUACGGCGUUCCCUCCUCGGGCUGAGGCUAAUCUAUUUAUUCAGACAUGAACGCCGCCAUAAUUUAU